AUGGCGGAACCUCGCCCACCGAAGCGCCCCAAAGUCAGCAGGGGGGAUGAUGAUUAUAUGCCUGGAAACAUUUUGGAGAUUGAGCUUUAUAAUUUCAUGACAUUUGAUUACUUAAAAUGUAAACCCGGGCCUCGAUUGAAUCUUGUAAUUGGGCCCAAUGGUUCUGGAAAGAGUUCUCUUGUAUGUGCUAUUGCUCUUGGCCUCUGUGGAGAGCCCCAGUUGCUUGGGCGAGCCACGAGUAUUGGGGCAUAUGUAAAGCGGGGAGAAGAGUCUGGUCACAUUAAGAUUACUUUGAGAGGGGACAAUAAAGAGGAGCACAUUACUGUUAUGCGUAAAAUAAAUACUAGCAACAAGUCUGAAUGGCUUUUCAAUGGAAAUGUUGUGCCCAAAAAGGACGUGGCCGAAACCAUUCAGAGGUUUAACAUCCAAGUAAAUAAUUUGACUCAAUUCUUACCGCAAGACAGGGUCUGUGAGUUUGCAAAGUUAACUCCCGUGCAACUUCUGGAAGAGACCGAAAAGGCUGUUGGUGACCCACAACUUCCUGAGCAACAUCGUGCACUAAUUGAUAAAAGUCGUGCAUUGAAGCAUGUCGAGCUGUCUCUUGAGAAAAACGAAGGAACUUUAAAUCAGUUGAAGGAACGUAAUGCUGAAUUAGAGAAGGAUGUUGAACGUGUUCGUCAAAGAGACGAACUUCUUGCCAAGGCCAAAUCAAUGAAAAAGAAAUUGCCAUGGCUGAAGUAUGAUAUGAAGCAGGCAGAGUAUCGUGAAGCUAAGGAGCGAGAAAAGACCGCUGCAAAAGAGUUUGAAAAGGCUGCAAAAUUAUUAAAUGAAGUUAAAGAGCCUAUUAAAAAACAAAAAGAUGAGAAAGCUGCAUUAGAUGCAAAGUGGAAAAAGGUUAGCAACCGAAUAAAUGAGAAUGCCAAGAAAAGAAUGGAACUUAUGGAGAAAGAGAACCAAUUGGAAGUGGAACAACAAGGGAAGUACAAAGAGAUGGACGAGUUGAGGAGGCAGGAAGAAACUCAGCAACAGAAAUUUAGAAAAGCUAAGGAGGAACUUGUUGCUGCUGAACUUGAACUUGAGAGUCUAAAACCUUAUGCACUUCCCAGAGAUGAGCUUCAUAGAUUAAGAGAAGAAAUUUUGGAGUUGGAUGAAUCUGCUAAUCAAGUGAGACAGAAUAAGUCACAAGCAGAAAAAGAAAUACAUAAUAAAAAGCUCUCUUUGAUGAAGUGUAAAGAGAGGUUGAAAGAAAUGAAUAAUAAAAGCACCAAGUGUUUGCAUGCAUUGCAAAGAUCAGGGGUUGAGAAAAUAUUUGAAGCUUAUAAGUGGGUCCAAGAGCAUCGCCAUGAAUUCAACAAGGAGGUUUUUGGUCCAGUUUUAGUUGAGGUGAAUGUCUCAGAUCAGUCUCAUGCUGCAUAUCUAGAGGGUCAAGUUGCUUACUACACUUGGAAGUCUUUCAUAACACAGGAUCCUCGUGAUCGGGAUUUUUUGGUUAACAACCUACGGUUCUUUGAUGUACCCGUUAUAAAUUAUACUGGUCGUGAUAGCCAACAAAGAGAGCCUUCCGAAAUUUCGGCUGAUAUGCGCGCACUUGGUAUCCACUCCCGUUUGGAUCAAAUUUUUGAUGCUCCUGCUGCUGUCAAGGAGGUGUUGAUUAGCCAAUUUAGACUUGAUCAUUCAUUUAUUGGAUCGAAAGAAACUGAUCAGAAAGCUGAUGAGGUCCCAAAAUUGGGAAUUACUAGUUUAUGGACACCCGAAAAUCACUAUCAUUGGACUAACUCUAGAUAUGGAAAUCAUGUCUCAGCAGUUGUCGAACAAGUGCAACGCCCACAACUUCUACUAAAUAAUUCAAAUGCGAGGGACAUUGAGAAUCUGAACUCUCAGGAAAGGGAGUUUCAAGAACAAAUUGCUUCCUUGGAGGAAAGCAUCAAAAAGUUUCAAGAUGAGGAAAAAAGCUUCAGGAAUCAGGCUGCUAAUCUUCGUAAACAGAGGGAGGACAUUAGUAAUACAGCACAGAAUGAGCAAAAGAAACGACAAGCAAUAAUUAGGCAUAUUGAACAAAAGAAACGAAUACUGAAAUCAAUGGAGGAGCAGGAUGAUUUAGAUACCGAGUUAGCGAAGCUUGUUGAUCAAGCAACAAAAUGUAACAUUCAGCGAUUCCAUAAUGCAAUUAAAAUAAAGGAACUUCUUGUUGAAGCUGUGGAUUGCAAAAGAAGUUUAGUUGAACAGCGAAUGGCUUUCAUUGAAUUCGAAGCAAAGAUUGGAGAAAUGGAGGCCAAUUUGAAGCAGCAUGAAAAUUUUGCUCUGCAGGCAUCAUUGCACUUUAAUAACUCUAAGAAAGAGGCUGAUGAAUGUAGACAGAAGCUUACAGAUUUAUUGAACUAUGCUAAAUCAAUUGCCCGACUUACACCUAACCUUGAGAAGGAAUUUCUUGAGAUGCCUACUACAAUUGAGGAGUUGGAAGCAGCUAUCCAAGCUACAAUUUCUCAAGCUAAUUCAAUCCUAUUUGUCAAUCCUAACAUAUUGGAACAAUAUGAGGAUCGUCAAAGACAGAUAGAAGAUCUUACAAAAAAACUUGAUGCAGACAAGAAGGAAUCUAGAAAGUGUCUAGCUGAGUUGGAAAACAUUAAGGGAAAAUGGCUUCCAACACUCAGAAACCUUGUGGCUCAGAUAAAUGAAACUUUUAGUCGAAAUUUUCAACAGAUGGCUGUUGCCGGAGAGGUUUCACUAGACGAGCAUGAUAUGGACUUUGAUCAAUUUGGAAUACAUAUAAAAGUCAAAUUCAGGGAAAAUGGACAGCUGGAAGUUCUCAGUGCUCAUCAUCAAUCUGGAGGGGAACGAUCAGUUUCAACCAUUGUUUAUCUUGUUUCCCUUCAAGAUCUUACGAACUGCCCAUUUAGAGUUGUUGAUGAGAUCAACCAAGGGAUGGACCCAAUAAAUGAAAGGAAGAUGUUUCAGCAAUUAGUGAGAGCAGCAAGCAAACCAAAUACACCACAGUGUUUCUUGCUUACCCCAAAGUUGUUACCAGAUCUGCAAUAUAGUGAGGCAUGCAGUAUAUUAAACGUAAUGAAUGGCCCUUGGAUUGAGCAAACAUCUAAAGUCUGGACUACUGGUGAUCGGUGGAGUAUUAUCACUGGACAGGUUGGAGAGACCACGUGUUAA